AUGUCGCAGAUGAAGGGUCUAGUCCAGUUCAUCACGGACAUCCGAAACUCCAAGGAACAGGAACAGGAAGACAGACGUGUCCAAUCUGAGCUCGUUCACAUUCAGAAACAGUUCCAGCAGCCCAAUCUUUCCGGCUAUCAUCGCAAGAAGUACAUUUGCAAGCUGCUGUAUAUCUAUCUGAUGGGCUACGAGUUCACGUUUGGCCUGAGCGAAGCAAUGGCCCUUGCCCGCUCGAGGGUCUAUUCUGAGAAAACCAUUGGAUAUCUGGCUCUAUCGCUCUUCUACCAGACGCGCACAGAGGACGUUGACACGGUAUUUGAAACUAUACACAACGAUCUUGCCCAUCAGAAGGAAGACUUUGUCUGUCUUGCGCUCCAGUUUCUCUCUUCCGUGGCUGACUCGGAGGCGUACAGCAGGGCAUUUGAGGAGCAGGUAUUCCAGUUGAUUAGGUCGCCCCUUUCGUCCAGUCUAGUUCGUAAAAAAGCCGUUCUGACGAUGCUGCAGCUGCUCAAAAUUGAUCCCCUCCUGGUCACCAGACAGCCAAGCUUGGUUUCCCGGGUCGCACCGCUGAUCAACGAUUCCGACUUUGGAGUGAGCAUCGCUGCCGUCUCGCUGGUCCAGCAUGUUGCCAAACUGGAUUUGGAUCUCUGUGCCAGCUGCACCACGCUAGCUCUAGAGAAAUUACACAAGAUCGUCGUCGAGGCCGAAUGUCCCGCCUCACACAUGUAUCACGGCAUUCCUGCGCCCUGGCUGACCGUCAAACUGUUUCAACUGCUCGAAACUCUGGUCCCGAACAUCGACGCAAUGCCCCUGGACCAGGCCAACAUGCAUACCGUGAGAACCGUGAUCCAGCGAGCUAUUUCCAUGGCCAUAUCACAGUCGCCGUUGGUGUCUGCCGAGGCGCGGCACACAAGGGAUUUCGUCCUGCUGGGCGCCGUGUCGCUGGCCGCACACGUCGACCCUUCUGCCGAUCAAUCGACAAUCGCAGCCGAUGCGCUUUGCCAGCUGCUGCAGUCCGCAGAAACGAACACGCGCUACCUGAGCCUAGCUGCUCUGGCAAAGCUUGCGGCAAGAAACGACGAACCCGUUUUGAUGACUAUCAACAAGCAUAUAGAGCAGAUCUUCUCCCUGCUUCGCGACAGAGACGUUUCCGUGAGACGACUUUCUCUGGAUCUCAUGUACAUUAUUUGCAACUCUGAUACGGUGCAGCAGAUGUGUCAGCGGCUACUGGAAUACCUUUCUGUGACUGACUUUGCCAUGAAAUCCGAGGUUGCCGUCAAAAUCGCCGUGCUCGCCGAGAAAUUUGCCACAAACGCUACCUGGUAUGUCACCACCAUGAUGAAGCUGAUCUCUGGAGCAGGCAAUUAUCUCGACGAGGAGGUGCGACAGCGGCUGAUCCAGAUCGUCGUCAACAACGACUCCAUCCAGGCCACGGCGUGCCGUCUCUGCUACAGUGCGCUCAAAUCGGGUACUUACCCAGAGUCUAUGGUGAAGGUGGCUGCGUUCUUACUUGGUGAGUUUGGCACGCAGCUGGAUACUCCCCUAGUGCAGCAGUUUGAGCUGCUUUACAGCUGCUACUUCCAGACCUCUGUCACGGCCAGAUGUGUUCUGCUUUCGAGUUUCCUCAAGUUCUACGUCCACGAGCCGCAGCUCAGACCGCGAAUUUUGGAGCUAUACCAACAGGAAUCCAACUCUUUCAGUGCAGAGAUUCAGCAGCGGUGUCUGGAGUACUCUAAGCUGGUGACGCUGCCAGAUAGCUCGCUGUUGAAUCUUGUGGUAGUCGCCAUGCCUCCCUUCCAGUCAAAAAUCUCGCCUUUGAUCUCCAGACUGGGAAACGUCCAGCAGCUGCAGCAGAGCUUCCAGCUGAACCUGCCGUAUGCUGCGCGCUCUUCGUCGUCGCUAGAAAGACCCAAAUCGCCCAAAAAAGCAGCUCCGCCUCGCCCCAGAAGCAGGAAGAACACCAAUCCGAUUAUGUCUCCGCCGCUCAAUUCCACCACCACCCCAAGCCUCACAGACCUAGACGACUCGUCGCGGUCCAUGUCGCACUCCUCGGACUCGCAAUUCUCCUACAAUUCCGCUGCAAACCCUUCUGUCGACCAUUUGCCAGCUUUCAGCCCUAACUGGAAAGAGGGAUACUACCGUCUACUGCAUUACGAUCAGGGAAUUUUCUACGAGGACUCGUUAUUCAAAAUUUUAUUCAGACUCAGAAGAAAUCAUGCUCAGUUGCACUACGAGCUGUCUUAUUCCAAUAAGUCUCCCGGUACAAUCACCGGCCUGACAAGCGAGGUGAUUGCUAACCUGAGCAAUGCCGAAGAUCCAGGAUACGUGAUCAAAAUCAUCAAACAUCCAGAGUCCACCAUCACUUCCAAUUCGAAAUCGGUCCAGAUCUUCGACGUCACCGUGCGGAAGCCGUAUCUGGACAGAGAGGCACCCAGCAUCAGUAUAUCAUUUGUGUGCGGGACCCUGUGUCAAUACAAGCUGCGGCUUCCGGCUGUAGUUGGGAAGAUCAUGGUGAGAGGUACGCCUCUGCCCAAGGAGUCAUUCUUCACCAGAUGGAGGCAGGUCAGCAGUUUGCCUGGUGGAGAGUGCCAGAAGGUGAUCCGGCUUUCCUCGCCGAUGCAGACGGUGAUUCUGAGUCGGACCAUGCAGCUCUUUGGAUUCAAUUUGCUCAAGAACAUUGACUACAACAUGCACAAUAUCGUGUGCACUGGUAUUUUGAGUAUGGCAGCUGGCGGGGCAGGGUGCUUGAUGCGGAUCGAGACAAAUCCUCAGGACGCUCGUGUCCUGCGAAUUACAAUGAGAUGCACUGUCUCUGGGCUGGCAGAUAUUCUGGUGGGCACAUUGACAGAUCUGUUAGAUAACAUUUAA